AGCGACGUCGGCGCGCUCCCGCUCCGCCUCUCCCCGCCCCAGCCACUCAAGCAGAAGCGCCGGAGAGGAGGCGGCGGCAGGCGCCAUGUCCGUGCCCCCCACCGGCUUCCCCCCGCCGCCGCCGCCCCUGGCGCCCGCCGCCCUCGGCCGCUCCUUGCCAGGCGGGCCCGGCGCCCUCCCCGCUAACGCGGGCGGCGCGGAGAACGCGCGGCUUUGCCAGAACGGUCCUGUGCAGAAUCCGAUGCAGUAUCCCUCUGUAUAUGACUCACAUCCUCAGAACUAUGGUAUCCCCUCUGGACACUACUCACAAGUGCCCAGUAAAGCUGCCCCUUCACAGCUGGAUAACCACUAUGGUGCCCAUUAUUACUCUACCCACUACUCAGUACCAGCACAAAACGUCAUUACGUCUUCUGUGACUCCCAGUGUGGCAAGCACACAGGGAUUGCAACACUUAUAUAAUAGAGUUCCCCACACAGUGGAAUCAUCUGGACCCGUCCAAGGAAUGGUUUCUUCUGCAUCGCAAUUGCAUACCAGCGUUUCACAGUCUUAUUCUUUGUUUGGUAGCCCCUACAGUACUUCAGCCUUGCACUCUGCCAGCUCUUCUGUUCCAUCUCAGGAAUUUGUCGUUCCUUCUGGUCACUAUGCCAUGCCCACUGCCUCCAGUGCUGCUUAUCCCAAUGUUUCAUAUCCUCCUAUGUCCAUUGGCACUCCAUAUGGACACGUGCCUACUUCUUACAGUGUUCCAGCUCUUGGACAUACAAAAGAGGCAAAUGCCUACUCUAGUCAAAACAGAGCAACACCUACAGUGCAACAGAAAGUUCCUUUGGGAUAUAAUUCUGUAUCAUGGCCUGCUCCAGAACUCCAGUUGACGGAAGGGAAUCGUGGUGGAAGCUCUGCAGGAUCCUCGACUAAUUCAAGCAACCCAAUGAGUACAGGACAACCACAUCCUGCAAACCAGAGUGUUCAGCCUACAAGGCCUGCCCAGGGAUCUUCUUCAGUUGUGACUUCUUCAGAAAGAACACUUGCUAUAGAGAAAGCAACAAAGCCUACCAUUGCCUCCUCCCUUACACAACCAUCAGAGUCAUUACGACAUGAAGGCAUGCAGUAUGGUGGAUAUGUUAAUAAUCAAGCUAGCUCUCCAGCAACUCCCUUGUCAUCAAGUACAGAUGAUGAGGAAGAGGAUGAGGAGGAUGAGGAAGCAGCUAUUGACAGCUCUUCCACUACUAGCAGUGCAUCUCCUGUUCCCAACAAUUAUGAUACCCUUGAAGGAGGUGGCUAUCCAGAGACACAUUCUAGUAGUCCAGCUCCUGUUUCUUCAGUUCCCCAGAUGUCUAAACCAUCUAAACCUUUUGGCUACGGGUACCCUGCUCUCCAGCCUGGCUAUCAGAAUGUAACACCUCCACCUGCUAUGCAGCCAAAUAACUCUGGAUAUAAUUCUGGAUUUCCUCAGUACCCACAGCAAUAUCCCACAAUGAAUCAACUAUCAGCUAGUCUUGGAGGACUAGGUCUACAGCAGCUGCAGCAGCCAGAGAGCUUAAGACCAGUCAACCUUACUCAAGAUAGAAAUAUUCUGCCUGUUGCUCCAGUUCCUGCUCCAGUGCCUAAUUUGAAUUCUGAUCUGAAGAAGCUGAACUGCAGCCCAGACUCAUUUCGAUGCACUUUGACAAAUAUCCCUCAAACUCAGGCUUUGUUAAACAAAGCAAAACUUCCUUUGGGGCUGCUUCUACAUCCCUUCAGAGAUCUAACGCAGUUACCUGUGAUAACAUCAAAUACCAUUGUGAGAUGUAGAUCAUGCAGAACAUACAUCAAUCCUUUUGUUUCCUUUAUUGAUCAAAGGAGAUGGAAAUGUAAUCUGUGCUACAGAGUUAAUGAUGUUCCAGAAGAAUUUAUGUAUAAUCCUCUAACGCGAUCGUAUGGUGAGCCUCACAAACGGCCAGAAGUGCAAAACUCUACAGUGGAGUUCAUUGCUUCUUCAGAUUACAUGCUUCGUCCACCUCAGCCUGCAGUGUAUUUGUUUGUAUUUGAUGUAUCUCACAAUGCAGUUGAAGCUGGAUAUUUGUCAAUUGUGUGUCAAGCUUUGCUGGAAAACUUAGACAAGUUGCCUGGAGAUUCAAGAACAAGAAUAGGCUUCAUAACGUUUGACAGCACUGUUCAAUUCUACAAUUUGCAGGAAGGAUUGUCACAGCCUCAGAUGCUAAUUGUCUCGGAAAUUGAUGAUGUCUUCUUGCCCACACCUGACAGUUUACUUGUUAAUCUCCAUGAAAGUAAAGAGCUGAUCAAAGACUUAUUGAAUGUGCUACCAAAUAUGUUCACCAACACAAGAGAAACACACAGUGCGUUAGGCCCAGCCCUUCAAGCAGCCUAUAAAUUGAUGUCUCCUACGGGUGGACGGGUAUCUGUGUUUCAGACACAGUUACCAUCCUUGGGUGCAGGGCGCUUACAUUCAAGGGAAGAUCCCAAUCAAAGAUCAAGCACAAAGGUUGUUCAGCACCUUGGCCCAGCAACGGAUUUUUAUAAGAAGCUGGCACUAGAUUGUUCAGGACAGCAAACAUCCGUGGAUUUGUUUCUUUUAAGCUCACAGUAUUCAGAUUUAGCAUCUCUUGCUUGCAUAUCUAAAUACUCGGCUGGGUGCAUCUAUUAUUAUCCAUCUUUCCAUCAUAGCCUUAACCCAAUUCAAGCAGAAAAGUUGCAGAAAGAUCUUAAAAGAUACCUUACUCGAAAGAUUGGGUUUGAAGCAGUCAUGAGAAUAAGAUGUACAAAAGGUCUUUCAAUACAUACAUUCCACGGGAACUUCUUCGUGCGAUCUACUGAUUUGCUGUCACUUGCCAAUGUCAAUCCCGAUGCUGGAUUUGCAGUACAGAUGUCCAUUGAAGAAAGCCUGACAGACACAUCAUUAGUUUGUUUUCAAACAGCACUUUUGUACACUUCAAGCAAAGGUGAACGUAGAAUUCGAGUGCACACACUGUGUUUGCCUGUGGUCACUUCAUUGCCAGAUGUAUACGCUGGUGCAGAUGUACAAGCAGUUGUAUGUCUCUUGGCUAACAUGGCUGUGGAUCGUUCAGUCUCGUCAAGUCUUUCGGAUGCAAGAGAUGCCUUAGUGAAUGCAGUGGUUGAUUCGCUGUCUGCUUAUAUGUCAACUGUAUCAAAUCUCCAACAAACAGCUUUGAUAGCUCCAAAUUCCCUCAGGCUGUUUCCUUUGUAUGUUUUGGCUCUGUUCAAACAGAAAGCUUUUAGAACUGGCACCAGUACACGCUUAGAUGAUCGCGUAUAUGCCAUGUGUCUAAUAAAAAGUCAACCUCUGGUUCAUUUGAUGAAGAUGAUAUAUCCCAACUUGUACAGGAUAGACAAACUCACUGAUGAGGGUGCAAUACAUGUCAAUGAUAGAGUGGUACCCCAACCCCCUCUUCAGCGAUUGUCUGCAGAGAAAUUGACAAGAGAAGGAGUUUUUCUUAUGGAUUACGGGCCAGCAAUUUAUAUUUGGAUUGGAAAGAGCUGUGAUAACAACUUCAUAAAAGAUGUCCUUGGAUACCCUAACUAUUCAUCUGUACCACAGGGACUGACACAGCUUCCAGAGUUAGAUACGCUUUCUUCAGAACGAACCAGGUCAUUUAUAUCCUGGCUUAAGGACAUUAAACCUCUAAGCCCAGUACUUCAAGUAAUAAAAGAUGAAAGUCCUGUAAAGGUAGAAUUCUUUCAGUACUUAGUAGAAGACAAAAUGGAGGCAGCAUUCUCUUACUAUGAAUUUUUGCUACAUAUUCAACAACAAAUUUGUAAGUAAAAGAAGAAAUGAAAGAACAAUUCUGGACUUUUACCAAAAUAUCAGCUGUGAAAGGAGCACUGUGAAAGACGCGAUAAAACCAAGCAUGAGUUCUUCAGUGUCCAGGGCAAAUAACCAUAUUUAAAACAUUUCAGCUGAACGGACAAAAUGCACAUUUCCAGAUGAAUUUUACACAGUCUAAAAAUGAUGGCUUUGAUGCAAUUUCAAUAGUAUGUUUUAAGUUGGUUUAUAUGCAUUUCUGAUAGUGCAACAAUAUGGUGCUUCUGUUUAUUUCAAGCUGGUGGAUUUAGCUGUUGAAUUUAUGUAGCUGUGUAGAAUGGUAUUUCUUAAUGGAAUCUAAAAUCAGAGUGCUUUCCUAUCUCUUAGUAUCCCAGCCUCGCCAGACUUGAUCUCUAGCAGAGAUGCCAAAGUGCAGUGCUCCAUGCUGUUUAUAUGAAUUUGUAAAAGAAAUAAUUCGUAUUUGAAAACUUCACUGUUUUCUCUGUGAAGACUAUAGAAUUUCAAUACAGCAUACAUGCAUUGUAGAAAUAUAUAAUGUACAGAAGUGUUACAUUUGUAAGAAAAAUGUAAAAGUGUAACUACAGAGUAUGAAUUGCUUAGUGUGCUGCAGUGUUGGUGAUUCAAUGAAAAAUCACUAUAUCAGUUAAAGAAUAAAGUUGACUAAUACAUAUUAAAACAAAGAAAUCUGAAUCCACAUAAGAAAAAUGCAACUUUGUAAUUCAUUUAAUUAAUCCUUUUAUGUGGAUUUAUUUAUGAUCAGCUGAUUAAAGGUAUUUUGCUUGAUCAUGCGUUUUUAUAUCUGUGAUACAUUUUAGAUACUAAUAGUGAAUUUGGCUUGCUGUAUUAAGAAGGAAUGUUUACUACUUUUUAUUGUAUAGAUCCAUCAAAAGAGGGUAAGUUCAAUGAAUUCAGAUUGGGAUUUGUAUGCAACUGGUUUGUGAUGCUACCUAGCAAAUGAUAGUCUCACUUAACUCUGGUUUACUUAUGUACCUUGCAACAAUUGUGGUUUUGGAUUCCUCAUUUUUUUUCUUGCCACCAUGAGACAUUAAAGAAAAUUAUAUUUUGCUUCCAGGAGGGAGUUGUGUCGGCAUAUAAUCCAAAUACUGGCCUGGGUUUAUCCUAAUGUUCCUUUUUUAGUUCUAACGCUACACAGACAUGGCUGUAACUGUGUAGGGCCUACGUGCAAUGGGGGAGCAUGCCAGCCUAUGUGAAUAGGGAUUCACAUUGAAAGAGCCAGUUUUGAGGAGCAGCAAUUACACAUUAAGCAGUACUUGAAUGUGUCAUCCAAUGUGCUGCUAUUAGGCCAUGGUAAUACCAGUCCCUUGCCAUGUUUGUAUCUUGAACCUAGUUGGCUUAAGUUUGUGUUCAAUACGUAGAGGAACUGAACACGACACCUGUUUUUUGAAGCAACAUGUUCCUUUUAAAAAGAUGACAAAUAUUAAUACACUUGCAUAAAUAUUAUAUAUAUAGGUACCCCAAUUUAUUUUCACAUGUGCACAAUGUGUUUAUGCAACAUAAUUAUGUUUAGUUCUUUUACUUUCUUACCUAAUCAGAUGGAUAAAUAUUUGUGAACCCACCUUAAUCUUAAUUUUGCAGAAGCAUGCCAAAGGACUUGUUGGAUGAUCGCUUACUUGUUUAAUUUUAUUUAUGGCAAAUUUUAAACCUGUCUAAAAGUAUAAAAAUGUUCUCUGAGAAGCUGUUCCUUUAGAAUUUUAAAAUUAGCAUUUCCCAUAGUUUCCACAUUGGAGGGGAGUGGGGAGAUAAAUCAGAUUAAAAUAUACGUUAUGGGUCCAUAAAUGUGUCUGGUAUAUUACUGUAAUCUUAACAAACAAGUUAUUUUGGAAUUAAAUGAUUUUUGUGAGCUAGUGCUGAAUAUCCAAAAACAUCCAAAGCCACGAUGUAUGGUAAAUGAUCUGUAAAACCAUUACUUAAAGUUUUAUUCUUCUACAUUUUGUAUAUAAAAUUGUUAUAAAAUAUAUUUGAGAAGUA